UUGCGGUCUUCCUGUGGUAGUUGCAAUAAGCCCGCGGAGCAUACUGGUCUUGCUGUUUCCUGAGUGCCGAAAGUUCGAACGCACAAAGUCAUUUCGAAGUAAAAAUCAGGCGAGAACCAUCUUUUCAUUUGAGGUGUUGGUCAUAUCAUUACUAUGGCAACGAAAAAGGUUCUAGUAACAGGGGGUACUGGUCUGGUGGGCAUGGCAUUGAAGAAGAUAGUCGAGACGGAAGAGUCCCACCCAGAUGAAGAGUGGAUAUUCUUGUCUUCAAAGGAUGGGGACCUUACUGAUGCAGAGGCAACAAAGGCCAUCUUUGAGAAACAUAAGCCCACCCAUGUCAUUCAUUUAGCUGCAAUGGUUGGUGGGCUGUUCAAGAACCUUAAAUACAAUCUGGAUUUUUGGAGACUCAACAUUAAGAUUAAUGACAAUGUGCUCCAUAACUGCUACUUGAAUAAGGUCCAGAAAUGUGUGUCCUGUUUGUCGACAUGCAUCUUUCCAGACAAGACAACAUAUCCUAUUGAUGAAACAAUGGUACAUAAUGGGCCGCCGCAUGACUCAAAUUUUGGAUAUGCAUAUGCCAAGAGGAUGAUUGACGUACAAAAUAGGGCUUAUCACAUCCAACAUGGCUGCCAGUUCACCAGUGUCAUCCCGACUAACGUAUAUGGUCCCCAUGACAACUAUAACCUAGAGGACUCUCAUGUUAUUCCUGGGCUUAUCCAUAAGUGUUACCUUGCUAUGAAGGAGGACAAACCAUUGAUUGUCUGGGGCACUGGGAAGCCAAGAAGACAGUUCAUUUAUUCAUUGGAUCUUGCUCGCCUGAUGAUCUGGGUUCUUCGUGAUUACAAUGAGAUUGACCCAAUCAUUCUAUCAGUGAGCGAAGAGGAAGAAGUGUCAAUCAAAGAGGUUGCCGAAAUGGUUGCCAAGGGGAUGGGCAUGAAGAAGGAGCUGGUGCUCGAUACAACCAAGUCUGAUGGUCAGUUUAAGAAAACUGCUAGCAACGAGAAACUGAAGAAACUACGCCCAGACUUCAAGUUUACCGACCCCCAACAAGCAAUCAAGGAAAGUUGUGAAUGGUUUCUACAAAAUUUUGAGACCUGCCGCAAGUAAAGGCCAUUCUUCCAUUCACUGUGACGCAUGUAGGUAGGAAAAAAAAUAAAAGGUUUCGUAAUGUGAUGAACAACUGGAUUAGGUACAAGCAGUGUGCGCCAGGAUAAUGGAAGUGAAAAUCAUAGCACACUAUCAGGCCCCAGGUAGAACACAGUUGCAAUUGUAGCAUUUGCGCAAUUGCAAUUAAGCCAGCAGUAACCUAGCUUAAUUAGCCGUAUAAGCCCAUUGCUUUGUGAUGUGUUCCGCGUUACUCGCAGAAUCCCUCAACUGCUCGAACGUUAGAAAUACCGCUUAUUCUAAAAAGAUACACAUCACAAAGCAAUGAGAGUUGAUUGUUACCUUUAUUCUAGGAUAUAAGACAAUUAUAGGACAAUUACAGGAGGUGAUCAGUCAUGAAAAUAUUCGGGCUAGUCACUGGGAUUGACUGGAGACUGACUGAGAGGUUGGCUGGGUUAUCUUCCAUCUCAUAGAAUCAAGGAAACCGCCCAUGGUGUCUUUGUGAGCAGGGGAUUUGUUUCAAAUUUGUUCUGAAUGCUAACCGGCAUUGUCUGCCGUCUGAGAUCAAAGUACGAUUAAUCAGCCUCUGCCAGCCGCCAUUUUGUCAUCCUUGCAAAAUACCAAGUGUGAAAAAGCAUCCAUUUCCAUCGGCGGAUUUGAAGAAGCAAAUAUUUUGGAUUGAAUUUGGCAAAUAAAGCAUUUAAAGUUUGUUUUUGAAUGGUUAUUUUCAGAUUUUUACACAUUAUGUGUCUUCCAAAAAGAAAUAACAAAGGUGUUGCUGGCAAGGUAUUUUGACAUUCAAAUAAAAUUACUGUAUGUUCAAUCCAGCCACUGUGAUGUAGAUAUUUGUUUAGGUCUUACUUGAUGAAAAUGUUUUGAACGAACCAUACUGCCGUGGCAGGACAGUGCUGAAUAACGUAUGCGCAUGCGCGUGCUCUGGCGAAAACAAACACAAUAGUAGUGUUGAAUCGUUCGAGAAAAGGUACGAAAGGCUGACUUUAGUCGCUGAUUUGUCUAACAGUACAGCAUUAAAACCAUACUGUACAAAAGAUGACAGAUUUGUGUGAUAAUGAGGGAGUCAUAAAGAAAAUUAUAGCCUUAGGUUUGGUCUAGUUUUCUUAGCAUUCGCCAAAAUGUGACAGUUCGCCCGUAAAAAGCCGCCAUUUCAAAACAAAAGGGCUGGUUUAACCGCGCGGUACUGGAACUAGUCUUGCGUUCUUCAUCACUGGCCCGUGGCAGUGAAAUCGGAAUUAAUUGUUGGUUGAGGGUUGAAUGGCCGAGUGCAGGAGCCGGAUGCUGUAUUUAUGCAAAUUUUAUUUAUCAAUAAAGGAAGGGGAACCUAG